AUGCGUAAAGAGUACUUGUUUAACUUCUAUAAGAGCAAGAAAGAUGUGUUAAUGGUCAAUGUCAGAUGGUACUACAGACUUUGUGAAGUUCCAGAAACUGUGUAUCAGUUACUAGUUCAGGACAGGAAUAAUGAAAAUUAUUCGGGAAAGGACCUUGUUACCCACAAUCCUUUAGUCAAAACAAGAGAACUUUUCAUUUCUGAUGCAACUGAUUGUCAUCCUGUUUCUACACUAAGAGGACACUGCAAGGUUCAGCAUUACUCAGAUAUAUUUUCUGCCAAAGACUUUUUACCCAAACAAGACUUCUUUUUUUACAUUCUUGGGUACAACCCUGAGACUCGCAGGCUGGCUAGUACUCAAGGUGAGAUCCGUGUUGGCCCAAGCCACCAGGCUCGGCUGCCUAUGUGCCGGCCUAACCUCCCACCCCACGAGAUGCCUGAAAAGUGUGAGUCUUUAGAGGAGCUGCGGUGGUCACCUGGUGUUCCUGACUGUGACUUGAUGAUGUAUCUUCGUGCUGCUAGAAGCAUGGCAGCUUUUGCAGGCAUGUGCGAUGGAGGAUCAGCAGAAGAUGGUUGCCUAGCAGCAUCAAGGGAUGAUACUACCAUUAAUGCUAUGGACCUACUUCAUGAAACUAGUUAUGACACUGGUAAAGCUCUCCAGGCCUUGGUCAGAAAUCCAGUACCAAGAGGCAUAGAUAAGAAGUGGACUGAAGAAGAACAGAAGAGAUUUGUAAAAGGUCUUCGACAGUUUGGAAAGAAUUUCUUCAAAAUAAGAAAGGAACUACUACCUCAGAAGGAAACGGCAGAUUUAGUAGAGUACUACUACUUGUGGAAAAAAACACCUGCUGCUGCCACCACUCGACCACACAGACGUCGCCGUCAGAAUGUUCUUCGCCGCAUCAAAUCUUGCCCAAAACCAAACAAGUCAACUUCAAAUGAGUUUAACCUGAGUUCAGCUAGUGAAGAAGAGGACUCUGAUGACUCGGACUCGAGGGACUUAAGUGGUUAUGUUUGUCAUCACUGCUGUACUAAAACAUCCAAGGACUGGCAUCAUGCAGGUAGGAACAAGGCACUACUUUGUACAGAAUGUAGACUAUUUUUCAAAAAAUAUGGAGAGCUACGGCCACUUCAGGAGAACCAAGAACCUUCUCCAAUCAAACUUAAAUCUGUUGAAGAAGAAGAAGAAGACCUAGCAUCAGUUAAUGGAACACACAUCAUGCAGACUCGAAGGAGCAAAGAGAAAUCCAAGAAAAAGAACAAACAGACAAAUGGGCAGGUAAAUACUCCUGAGGGUAAAGACACAGAAACUCAGAGCAUCAAAAAUGAGCCAGGAUCUCCUGCGACAACCUCAGAAAACAAAGAUGAACAAGAGAAGGAGGAAUCUGUCGAAGAAGAUAUGUUUAAGAGCAGGAAGAGAUUAAGAGAGGAUAACCCUGCUCUCCAGAUUGAAGUAAAAGAACUCCUAGUUUCUCCUAAAAGGAAGAAGCCCUCAGCAGAGAGGUCUUAUAGUCCAGCCGAGUCUUCAAGCCCAGACAGCAGCAGCGUGUCAAAUGAAGAAAAUGGAAAUGAAGGGGAUAAUGAGGAAUGUGAUGGGGAACCAUAUAGUACCCCAUCAUCUCCAGGGGCUUACAGUGUUAAUCAUCAGCCAUCCAAUUCCAACAUUAAGACAGAACAAGAGGAAAGUGUAAAAGAAACAGCUGAAGUUAAAGACAGCACAGAAAAGAUGCCUGACAUAAGAGAUAAUCAGAGUCAGAAAAUGCCCACAUCAAGUGAGGAGGCAGAAAAUGUUGUGCUAUCUCAUAAGAUAAAGACCGAACCACUUCCAGUGACCAGUGAAAAUACUUUUCCUUCACAACAGAUCAGUAAUCCUACUGACAGUGUUGUACUUCAUUCUCAUUCACCCCCUCCAUUAUUUCCACCAACAUCUUUGUCAUCAUUUGUCAAAAUAAAAGAAGAAGUUGUCACAGAUACAUCAUCAGUAAAUGAGGAUAACUUGAACCAAUUUCCUUUAUCACUGAAACAACCAGAUAUUAGCCCUGGCCUUCCUUUAGACUCAUCAUUUUCUCUACAUAAUCAGUUUUCAAGGAUUAGCGAGUUCUCUGGUGAUUUAAAACCUUCAACCCAGAUUAGCCUUUCCCAAACCCCGCCUCUCAAAUCUCAAGAUAUCAAAACAGAGCCAUUUGAUCCACAGGAAGCUCUGCCAUCUGAACCUUCAUUUUUAUUCAGUAAAUCACAACCCUCGGGCCCUUGUUUAUCAGAUAAUGCAUCUGGUGCACAUCUAACAAACGAUUACAAAGCUCACCUCCUUUCAAACCCUUUGUUGAUGGACAAAAAAGGAUCAUCUUCUGUACCAUGCAUACUGCAGAACUCUUCACCGGUUAUAACAUCUGUGACAGCUGAAACCACACUGACACCUUCAACUGUUGCCCCAACGUUUACCACAGCUGUGUCAACAACAGUGUCAGUAACCAGACCAACUCCUUCUAGCGUUCAAUCUUUAGCCUCUUCUGUGUCCCCAUCCUCACUCUCUCAGUUUUGUCAAGAACCUUCGACCUACCCUUAUCAUCCUUACUUUGCUCCACACUUGCACAAUCCUGGAAUGCUUCUGCCUCCUCAUCCGUACCCGUCCUUAUCUUCCACUGACCUACAAUCAUCACCAAAAGUUAAAACCUCUCCGAUAUCAUCUCCCAUGUCUGCAACUCCAAGCCAUCAUAUCUCAUCAAGAACUCCACCUAAAACACAUACACCAGUUUCUUCUAGCUGUGCCACAACAACAGGAUCCUCUUCAUCUCCUGUUACUCCUAUUACAAUGAGCUCAUCAACAACGUUAACCCCUGGACCGCCAUCUGUGUCAUCAACAGUCUCCCAUGGCUCUGUUACACCAUAUAACACAGUUUCUACCAAAACAAAUACUACAGAAACUCCACCUGCUAGAGAAAUCAAAACCAAAAAUGUUCCACCAGAGGUCUUGCAUGGUGAACCUGUUGGACGUUUGCAGACGUGUGGAUCAAGCUCAGAGAACAAAGGUCAGGAAACAGAAUGUCACCGCAGCCAGUCUGCCAUAUUCUUGAGACGGUACACUAAUGGGUUAGAGUUCAAUUCUUGUGCUCGCACUGAUCUCAUCUUCAAACCUGUUCCGGGCUCCACAUUGGCAAGAAAACGUGAAGAACGUGCGAGGAAAGCCGAGGAAAAAGAGAAAGAAGACAGUAUUAAUAAGGCAAGCCAACGUAUUUUCCAUAUUGUUCAGAAGUUUGGAGAAAAGAGUCAUAGCGGAGAAAGCAAGUUACCAGUAACUUCUCACGGUGGAGACCUCCAUUUACUUGGGUCUUUUGAAAGGACAACUCCAAGAGGCUUUUCAGAUACCCCAGCACUCCGUCAGCUCAGUGAAUAUGCUCGUCCACAUUCCACUUUCUCUCCCGGCUAUCCUCGAACUACGGUACCUGGACAGCUUCCCCAAAUGAGCAACGCAUCAAUGUCAGUAGGCGUGUCGCAUCCAAGUAUGGACCCAUUACUGCAGUAUCAGAUCUCGGCUGGGAUGUAUGGUGCUUCUGCUCGGGAGAGGCUUGAAAUGGAGCUUGAAAGAGAAAAGAGAGACCGUGACUUUCAAGAGAAAUUAAAGGUGGAAAUGGAAAUGAAAGCUAGAUUACAGCCAAAUGCUUUUGAUCCACAUUGGUUGGAAUUCCAACGUCGAUAUGGAUCCAUGGCUUCAGGGGCCGUGAUGACAGGAAUGUUUCCAAGUACUUCCAGUGGAGGUCUUCAUGGUAAUCCACUCAACUUCUACUCUUCAAUGGAUCAAGAACGUCUUGAGCGUUUAGGCAUUCCCACCACCAUGGGUGAACCUGGACGUCCAAACCUUGAUCGCUUGACUGCAGAACGGCUGCACAACGAGCGUAUGGCUCUAGGUACAGAUCCACUUGUCCGGCUUCAGAUGGCAGGGAUCACGCCUGAUCUACAAAAUCAUGCCCACAUGCAUGCGCAUACUCAUGCUCAUGCACACACACAUCUACAUCUUCACCCACAAGAUCCCCUUUCUGCUGUGGCUGCAGCAGCAGUCAUUGGAGGGCCCCCCCAUCCUGAUCAAACCCACCCCUCAUCUGGGCCUCACCCUCUUUUGCCCCCCUCGGUCUAUCCGUCUACACGCCCAGGAUUCACUCAACCUCGAAGUGAGAUAAUGUAUCCUGGUGCAGGAUUGUUGCGACCAUCGUUUGAGGAUCCAUUUGCUCAACAGUUAUCAGUAGCUCAAGCAGCUCAGCAAGAGCAUUUUCAACGUCAACUGAUGAUGGAAAGGGAGCAGAUUGCACUUAUGGGAGGAACAAUACCACCUCAGCUCAUAGCCCAACAUGAAGAAUUUUUUCGCCAACAACAGCAGCGACACGAACGUGAGAUGAAACUUCGAAAGUUGGAAGAAGCAGCUCGCGGAGGACAGCACCAUUAAACUGAUGCUACUUACACGUGUUAUUAUGUGGUCAGUUUCACGUCUUAAAAUCGGUUCUUCUUACUUGUGGUCAGUUUCAUAUUGUUCAGUCAGUCAUUGCAUUUUCUAUGCCACAUAAUGGAUAUCUCCAGCAAUGCUAAAAAUCAAGGAUCUCCACGAUGCUUCCAUCGUGUUCUACUUUUUAAAAUAUGAAAUAUAACUGCCAUAGACCUCUCCUGUAAAAAAAAAAGAAAAAAAAGUUUAUUUAACAUGCAGAUCUGUACAUAACACCCUUCUGAAUAGCCUAAUUGGCGACACUCGUUCAAAAAAAAAGUUACUCGUGAAGUGUUUGUAGAAUAGAACAAUAACUAUAAAAUAUUUUCUGUCUUAAUUUUCUCAUCUAGAAUGUUGUGAUGGUGUGUAGGGAGGAAUUGUCUAGAAAGUAUUGAAAAUGUAUACAAAUUUCACCCAUUGUAUCAAUUAUAAUAUCAGUAACUAAGUGUUUUGUAAAUAUUUAUCUUGUAGAGAGAGACACUGUGAUGUGAAAGAAGUAUCACUUUCGUACGCGUGACACACUGUGGUAUGUUAGAGAAAGAAUAUACAAUAUCAUUUCCAAACCUUCUUACAGAGUUUUAAUGUCAUACAUAAUUGAAGGCUUGGAAUUGUCACUGACAAAAGGUUUAAACAAAUUUUUUUGUUGAAGUUUUGUUGUUUUUUUUUUGUAAUGGUUUGUUUAUUGUAAACCACCAAGUAAACUUGCUUUUUAAGCUUCUUCCUUAGUGCUUAUCACAGUUCACAGAUAUCAAUGGCUGUGACUGGUGUAUUUAUAAACAUUGUUUUAUAAAGCUUUUAGUACAGACUUUUAACACCUUUUUUUUUUGUUAUUAUAUAAGAAAAACAUUUUGAGUUUUUACUUAUAAAUCACACAAUUGUAUCCCUAGUGUAGGUUUUGUUGUUUCAUUAACUAACAGAAAUAUUGUAGAAUGAACCUUUUGAUAACAGACACACACUGCCUGUUAAAGUAAUAUUUAAUACCUGUUAGAGAAUUAGUAACUUGUUAAAAAUAUGGGAUAGGAGCUUCCUGAUAUUUAGCGAACAGACUCUGCAUACGGUCAAGACGUUCGCUAUCAUUUAGCACUACCAAUAUAUAUGAGAACUUUGAUUUCAAAUGCAGUUUUUUCACUACAUAUUCAUUUUUAUGUGAUUACGUUAAUUGAUCUGUAAAAUGGUGUAACAUUAUUUAGCUCUGGUGUUUUGAGAUAUCCAGUAGAUAAGUAAAAACUGUAAAUUGUGUAGAUUGAGUUUUGCAAAUAAGAUUCAAAGCUAACAACUAUUGUGGUGAUUAAUUGUAUUUAGGAGCCCUUUUUGGCUAUCUAUAUCUACAGCUUUGUAAAAUAUGUAUGUCAUAUAUUUAUCACUGGUUUAGAGUAGCAUUAAAAGAUUUUUUUCAGAUCACAUAUACAAGUAGGUGUUAGUCUAAUUUCCGUCAAAGUUUGUUUUCUUCUCGGGUUGUAGAAACUUGAGCGUAUCCAUUUUGUCUGUAAUUUUAUAUCAUCGUAUGCGUUCUCGUUAGCCAAACUAAUAAAGAAAACUAUUUCUAACUUG